UUUCUUUUUUUCUUAAUUUCUUUUUAAUUUCUUUUUUCUUUCUUUUCUUUCUAUCUAUAUAUAUAUAAAUAUAUAUAUAAAUAUAUAUUUCAUUUUUCGUUUAAAAUUUACAUUUUUCAUUUUAAAAUUUUGCACAUAAUAUUCUUUUUUUAAUAUAUAUAUAUACCUUUUUUAGUAAAAAGUAAUAAACAUGUCAUCAUUAGAAAAAGAAAUCGCCAAAUGUGAUUAUCGUCGUCGUACAAUUCUCUUAGCAUAUGAUCCAGAUUGUAUAACAAAAUCACAAGAAUUGUUGGAAUGGGCCGUUACAAAUGUUAUUAGACCAAAUUUAGAUCAUGUGUAUAUUUUUUCGGUUUUACACGCACAAAGAUUGUAUUAUCCCGUAAUUGAUGUCUGGACAUUUGGUUUAGUAGGAUAUGCAAAUACUUAUAAUACUACAUCAAAUCAUGAUGAAUAUCAGGAAUAUCUUAAAAAUGAACAAGAACAUGCUAAAAAUACUUUAAAAAAUGUAGCUUCCGAAUUAAAAGUAAAAAAUGUUACUAGUAAUAUCAUAAUUUCUAGAGGAAAUGUACGUGAAGAAUUAUUAAAGAUAUGCGAAUCGGUUAAACCGGAUUUAGUCUUGAUCGGCUCCUCAUCUUCUUCGAAAUCAAAAUCAAAAGUAAAAAAUCUGUUGACCAAAUCUACUUUUGAUUAUGUAAAAAAUCAUAUUAAAAAUAUCAAAGUACAAAGUAAUAUUGAAGAUUAUGGUGAAGAAUUUAAAAAUAAGAGUAACAAAGCUAGUGAACCUAAAAUAUCAAAGCAGAAAAUUUAUCGCGCUAUUCAGGAUGUAAUGAAACAAAUUAAACCGAAAUCUUGUGAUACUAGUGUUGGUCCAACCGCUCCAAAUAAAUCAUAUAACAAACUGCAUGAUUAAUUACUUUUUAUCAUUUUGUUAUAUAUAUUUGUAUAUAAAUUUAUUAUUACUAUUAUUAUUAUUAUUAUUAUUAUUAUUAUUAUAUUUUUUCAGGAAAAAAUAAAAAAUUUUUGUAAAUAGAAUUACAUGAAGAUUAUGAUUGUAAGUCCUCAUUUUUAGAUCUAGAGUUUACAAGUACGAACGCCUUUCAUUUAUCAAAUAUGGAAAAAAUAUUUCAUCAAAACCUGUUUAUUUAUUUAUUUAUUUUAUUGAGGCUUUUAUUAUUUAUUACACUUGAAUACAAACUGAAUACAAUAAAUACACUGAAUUCAUUGAAUGCAUUGAAUGCAUUG